AUGGGAUUUUGUUUAAAUCAGGAAUGUUAGAAUGCAACACAAUAUUGUUAUAAAUGUUUAAAUACUACUCAUUCAGAACAUUUUAAUAAUUGUAUUCGAUUCACAGAAAUUAACUAAAUUCUGAAUGAAUCCAUGCAAGUUUACAAUUAAUUAAUGAAAUAAUUCAAAGAAAUCUCUAAGCAACUAGACAAUUUAUUUGAAUAGACUUUUAAAAAAAAUGGAUCAGGAAAUUAAAGUAUUAGAAAAUAUGGCCCAAUAUCUAUAAAAUAAAGACUAUUUAACAUUUAAGUCAUAAAUUCUUAUACUCAAGAACUUUUACUCUAAGGAAAACGAAAAUUACAAAUGUAUCUUGUAAUUAUUAAUAAUAGAAAAACAAAUAAUAUAGUUGAAGAACAUUCAUAAUACACUAAAGAAUAUUGUAUCAGACUAAACUCACUUAAUGUACAUAAAGUCCUUUGA